AUGUGACUGACAACUCAUUAUGAUAAUAGAUAUAGCAUUCAUCACUAUCUUGUUAGAUGGGAAAGCACUACUUCAAACCUAUAAAACUGUUUAAACAUCAAAACUAACAACCGUUGAUAAUGACAAGUCAUAUAACACGUAUGCAAUAUGAACAACAAAGAUUGAAUAGUUUAGGUAGGACUGGUAGCUCUUCUUCUCUGCGUACCAGUGAUACCAUACGUGUGCCUUCAGCAAGUUCAAUCCGUCCUGUAAACCAAUUAACUAAUCAAGAACCCACAGGAUCUACUGUCUCCGGAUCUUAUGUCUCAUCUAAAUCUAGAUCACAAAUUGGUUCAAUUGGAAAUGUAUACCAAAAUAUCUUAAAGAAUACCAGACAGUUGGAUCCAGUUAUUCAAGGAUCGACAAAUCUACAGAAUAUGGAAAAUGGAAACUCUGUUUUAAGUGAGAACAAUACCAGAACUGGCAGUAUUUCAGGUUAUCAACCUUCAGUACUGUUGGCAAAAUCAAUUCAAGGGACUCGUUCACUUUAUGCUCCCAGUCACUUUAGGAUGUCAAGAAGCUUAAAAGCCUCCAAAGCUUCUUUAGCAACAUAUAAAAGUGGUAGAACAACAAUUCAAGCUGAACAUCAUGAUCGUAAAGUACAGCGAGAAAUAAAUUCAGUUAAAUUUGGUCGAGCAAAAAGACUUUACUGGAUUGCAAUUGGUUUUUAUAUUAUCUUCUUACUGGUAUUAUUCAUUGGCCUAUUAAUCACAUGUUUACGGCAUGUCUAUAUGAAUAUAAUCUUAUCCUUAGAUAUCGGUGAAUCAACUGGUCCCUUGUUAAUAGCUUGUUCAUUUUUAUUCUUUGGAGCCGGAAUGAAAUUUUAUUAUGAUGCUUAUCGACUUGGGUCUGAAGAACGUAAACUUAUCAAGUACAAAGCAGCAAGUCCAUCCACAGUAGCUGUUACCACAGUGAGUCAAAGGAAGACAGAUCCAGAGGAGAAACUUAUCAGUGGACAAACAUCAAAAAAUGCUUUGAGUCGGGCACCAAUAGGCUCAAGGACAACUUUAAUUAUGCCUUAAAUCAUAUUACUUAAGUGAAUCAUAAAUAUCACAAUGUGUAUAGUUGUUUGUUUUUUCUUUGUUUCUACUGCUUUUCCACUAUUUGCUUCUUUGAAUAAUUAAAUUUAUGAUUGCUGUGAAAUUCAUUUGUAAAUUUAUUUGUAGAUCGCUUUCUUGAAUUUCUCUUUUCUUAACUUUAAAUAAUAAUUUCUAUGUAACAUGAAUUCAAUAUUCACUUUAUACAAGAAGUGAAGACAAUAUAAAAGACAAUCAAAUAAACAAAUAUGCUAACAUAGACCUAUAAAGAAUUAUUAUUACUACUUAGAAACAUUAUCACUUUAUAAAUGUAGCCAAGAAAUGGG